AUUGUAACUCUAUAACUUUAUCUUAAAGUCCUUAUGCUACACGGGACAUGUUUCCAGCGUUCCUUAGCCCACUAAAUACUGGGAAUGAGAGGAGAGCAUCCGCCCGGCACUGCCAGAAAGCGAGAGUCCUAGAACUACAGAGCGACUGAGCGCACCUGCCCCGGGGCCGACAGGAAGGAGGUGGAGCAGAGGGAAGAUACAAGGGAAAGGAGCAGGGCUGCUGCCGGCGGCGGGAAGGUGGCGCGAAUCCCCACGGGAGCUGAGACUGGGUAGGUGGGAGGACUAGAGAAUGUAAAGGUGCGGCUCAUUCCCAGCAAGGCAGCAUGAGGCCGUAUAUUGACAAUGCUGCACUGGCCUCGCUCUAACUUUCCACCAACAGGUGCAUUGUUCUUCCCGCCCCGCCUUCACUAAACCUGCUCUCCGAAGCGGAGCUCUUGAUUACGGAGCAACGCCUGGACCACAUAUCACCCCCCUCAUCGCGGAAGGGGCUAAGGGACUGUAGUGAACCCGGGACAUGUGAUACAUAGGGGGGAAUUGCAACGUCCAAACACUAUGGCCGACGAGUUGUUCUGUAAGGUUCUAUCCAUUGGCAUCAAGUGUCGAGAGUGUGAGGACAGACGUGCUAAUGUAAGGCUAACGGUUGAAUCACGCUCUUCAUCAAACCCAGUACAUAAAAAGGAGUUAGUUGUUCGCCUUUCUGAUGAUACAGAUCCAUUUUUCUUAUAUAAUCUUACACUAGGGGAAGAAGACUUUCAAAGUUUAAAAAAUCAGCAAGGGUUGCUGGUGGAGUUUUCUGCAUUUCCACAGAGAUUUAUUGACCUCUUAGAACAAUGUAUUUUGGAGCAAGAAAAGCCAGUGCCAAGAUUUUUACUUCAACUAGCAAUGUCUUCAAAUGCUCUGGACUGUAUGCCUGCAAGCUUAAAUAUAAUUGAAACAAAUCCAUUCAAGCAUCUCAUUCACCUUUCUUUGAAACUUCUGGCAGGAAGUGACAGUGAUGUGAAAAAAUAUCUUGCCACUUGCAUAAAAAAUUUAAAGUUGGAAAAUUGUACAUUAAAAGAAAAACUUCACAAGUCAGAAGAGGAUCUUUCAAAGAGACUUGGCGUAACACAGCAGGCUUUGGCUGAGAAAUGUAAGGAGUUGGACAAAUUGCGAAAUGAGUGGGCAUCCCAAACUUCUUUAUUAACCAGCAAGCAUACCCAGGAAAUUGGUGCAGAAAGGGAGAAAGCAUUGCAGAUCCAAACCCAAUACCAGCUUCAAUAUGAGCAACAGAAGAAGGAACUGGAGACAACAAGCAGUAGAACAGUACACCAUUUAGAAUCACGGGUAUCUGAACUUGAAGCUGUCAAUAAAGAUCUAACUGAAAGAAAAUACAAGUCUGAGUCCUGCAUACGGGAACUUAAAGGCAAGCUUAGUGGAAUAGAAGAGGAAUACCAUAGAGCAAAGCAAGAGGUGACCUCACUUCGAAGAGAAAAUGCAACUCUGGAUUCUGAAUGUCAUGAGAAGGAGAAGCUCAUAAACCAGUUAAAAACAAAGACAGCUGUUCUAGAACAGGAAGUGAAAGACAAGGAGCACGUAAUAAUUCGAAGUGUGGAUGCCUGUGAAAGUGCUCAGGAGCAUAAGAAAAAACUUGAAGACUCUCUAGAGCAAAAACAGAUGCAAACUGGAAAGCUGGAAACAACUGUGAAAUCUCUCUCAGAGGAACUUAUAAAAGCUAAUGAGAUUAUCAAAAAGCUUCAGACAGACAUGAAGAAAUUGAUGGAAAAGAUCAAACUUAAAAAUGCAGUGACAAUGCAGCAGGAAAAACUUUUGGGUGAAAAAGAACAAACUUUGCAAAAGGAAAAGCUGGAGCUAACUAAUGUAAAGCAUCUGUUAAAAAUAAAGGAAGAAGAGAUGUUGAAAUUGAAAGAGCAGCUGGAUAGUACUACUGAGAAAUUGGAAGAAAGCAAACAACAGUUGAAGACUAAUGAGAAUGUUAUUGCUUGGCUUAAUAAGCAGUUAAAUGAAAACAAAAUCGCAACUUUGCAAGGACCACAUGGACUACAUGAAAUGCCUAGUUCACUUAAGACUGUUGGCUCAGCUUCAAAUGUAGGAGUCAUGCAGAGCACUCAGCCUCAAUUUACAAUUGGAAAUGAUCCCUAUAUGGUUUCUCCAAUAACUCAGCCUAUAGGCUCAGCUUUCGUUUCUAACUUCUAUCCAAAGAACUUUGCUCCUGGAAUGAGUGCACCAUCUUCAAUCUCUCUUGGUACCAGACUCAAUCCCCAGGCAGCUUUUAAGGUUCGUUUCAACCAAAGUCCAACUGCUCUUUGCAGUCCUGCUGUGGAACCAAGACCUGCUCCUUCAACAUCAACACCUAUUUUACCUUCUACCUCCUGUGAUCCAGUUGGGCUGGACAUGAAGUACCUAAAGAAGAAUGGUAGUGUUCCGGUUAAGGGGCAAAGAAAUGGAAGCAGUGCUGGCACAGUUCCAGUCAGACCAGCAUUACCAAAGUCUGGAAGUUCACCAAUUCUAUCUGCUUAUUUCCCGGGGCAACAGUCCAGGCUUCCUGCUUCCUAAGAAACAUUAAAUCCAUUUAUAUGGCUUUUUACUGGAAACAUCAUAUAAAAAUGAGCUUGCUUAAAUAAGACUUUGGAAGUAUAUAUGGUGAAUAAAAAACUGCCAAAUCAGUGCUAUAUCCAAAAAUAUAUGUAUAAUUAGACCUGUAUUGUUCUAGACUACUGCUGCAGUGUUUGGCAUUUGUAUUAUUCAACUUGAAGGGUCAUUAAAAAAAAAAAUGGUGCAAAUGUCUGCUAGCCAGAAAUGUUUCUAUAACAUAGUUCUGUGCAUUUAAAUCUGCUGAGUCUUAACUUUGGUUUUCAAGAUCCCAUCAUGGUGCAUUUCCUGGUGCAUUUUCUGGUUGUCUAUUAUUUAAACAGCUGGGUUCAGGCAAGGAGUAAUAAUCUGGCAGCUCUAGGGAAUGCUAGAAUGCUAGAGAUAGUCCCAUAGUAUGUCAGAUUGUCUUCAUCUUUGUAAGCAGCAAGAUUCUUUUUACGUUGCGUCUUGUUGGAUGUUUUCUAUUGGCAGUGUCAUUUUACAUGCACACCAUGGGGUGUCUUGAUUUCUGUGCUUUAACAACCUAGCAAUGUGCCAUACCUUGAGGGAGACAAUUACACUUGUGUAUUGAUAUGUAUAUUUUUUUGUUUGUAUAUUUGUGUUUGUAAUAAAAUUCUAUAUAAAAGGAUAGGAAUAUAAAAGGGAUUUGUGUUUGUCAUAUGGCAGAAUGUAUGCUCUUUGUGGUCACUUGCUUAAAUUUUGUAAAGAUGAAAACUUGAGAUUACCUAUUGGAAUCAAGAUGUUGAUGAACAAAUAUUUUACCUGCCUGACGGAAACACGCAUAUGUUUCAGUAACUGUUGUAUGCAUUACUGGAAUUAUUUAUUAUUAGCAAAUGUAAUAAUUAUCUUCUAAUUUGUAAGUUUCUCAUAAAUUGGAACAAGCUACUAUGAUUCCAACCAUUUCACAAAAAAAUGUUACCACUCUUGAAUUCAGAAAUGUUUUUCCGUAUAAACCUUUUCAUAUCAGUAUUAGGGAAACAAAGACUAAUAUUGUCUCAGUUGAUGAGUUCUUCAAACCGAUCUUUCCUAAUAUGGAUUUUCUAAUUAUAUUUCCCGUUUCUCUCUUUGCUAGAAUGGGGUAGCAUUUAAAUCAGAAAUGUCGAUUGGUAAAAGUAAUAUCAGGGAGACCCCCCCACAUACACACACACACACUAUUUAGUUUUAUGCUUUAAUUCCAAUACUGUGUAUUUUAAUAUGUUUACAUCAUGAGUGCUGUGUUGAAUCUUUCAGUAUAUAAGAAUGCAAUUUUCUCAUAUUUUAUAUCUGUAAAAUAAAGUAUUUAUUGUAAUUAA